AUGCUCGGCAAGUUCCGCCAGCAUGUACAGCAGCUCGACGCUGGCAGCGAUUUGAAGCCCCGCCGCUCUUGGUGCUGCGGAGACCCGUCAUCGCGGAAUGGCAAAGUCGGAGGCGUUUCCGACAAUUUUGACCCCACUCGAUCGGUUCGGAUGUUUGUAGGAGGACGCGGUCACUAUGCACUCACCGCCCUGUGGUCGUCAACCCAGAAUGUCGCUGGCAGUUGCAUCUCGUGGGUCGAAGAGCAUUCUGCUGUGCCUCGUGAGGCGCGGAAGUCUCGAGACGUCACCACAGCUUCGAGGACCGAGCUACAAUUGGCCAAGGCCUUGCGAUGCCGAAGCGAUGGUGUCAACGAUGCUGAGGGAACGCGUCAGUGGCGGGACGGCGAGGAUCGCGAUGAGCACGCUGGCGUUUCGGCAUUUGGUGGAGGUCGCACCAUGAUCUCCCAAGGCAGCCAGCUGAGCGAAGCUAGGCGGGCGAUCCAGCUCCGACGCCCAAAUCUAGGCAUCUUCCCGGCGAUGGCUCCUGCCCUAGCUUCGGUUGCAAGGGAGGCAGUGCUCGGGCAAUCCCUCAGCGAUCACCCUGGUCGGCUAGCUUCAGUUGGAUGCGAGCCCAACAUGCGAAGCGAAUACAAGGGUCGUCAUGCUCGCUUCCGCACGUCCUCCAUCCGAUCGCCAAGCGAGCGGCACAAAAGUCUGCUCUGCCCGAAAAUGACGUGGUCGAUUUUCCUCUUCUUUUGGCACCAGGAUCCAGCUUCGGCGUGUCACCUUGGCAGCGAGCGGGUCGACUGGUGGCCCAGGGUCCCCUUCUCGACCAUCUCGCCGCUAGCGUGGCUUGCGACACAAACGUUUCAGAAUUCGCGGAGCGAGGAAUGUGGCUGGCGAAUCCUGGAUUUCUGGGCCUCGUACACCGGGCUUGCGGUUUGCUCGCCGGUCCCCGAUCCGCAUCGCACCGAGAAGAUGGCUUUGCAACAAUGGACGUCGCCUAUGCAGCGAGGUUUCAGAUGGAAAGACGCUACCACCCCACUCUCAAUGGGCAGGGAGUCACCACAGUGGUCGGAGACAUCCGGUGGCAUGUGCUCGCACAUGUUGUACUGCAAGGGCAAGGCACGCAAGACGCCACGCGCUUUGUCUUCUACUACGACGGUGUCUCGACAUGGUGUUGAUGGAGCCGAGGCACAUAGUCCGGGCUGGAAGGCGUUCUACAUCCCCAACACCGCACAGAAAGUCGGCCGACAAUCCGGAGUGUCAAUUGGCGGCUGCACCCAAUCCAAGGCCUUGCUGCAUGCUCAUGCGCUCCAGUGCCUGACUCAAAUGUCGCAUCUUCCGACUUUCUCGUUCAGCUCACCCGCACCCAAGCUAGCCAUCACAAUGGCAAGGCUGCAUGUCGCGAUGCGAGCCGAGCCUAAUGUUGCAAAUUCGGCGGUCAUGGCCCUCAAGCCACAUUGGGCACGCAAACACUGCGCUGGCGCUGUAUAG